AGAAGAAGCUAAAUUGCCUCAGGAUUUGCCAUCUACAAGUGCCACUGCAAAGAGACCUCUGGACCAUCAUGGUGAGUCAAUCAAACAGGAAUCACCAGCUUAACGACCUCGUAACAACUCAGAAGAAGUCAUACUGUCUGAAGUGAAAAACAUAAUGGAGAGUGUCCAACUGAAACUACACAAACAAGACAACACAAAGCUGAAUACUUUCCUGAAGACAAAAAUCAAUGACUUGGAGACAAACAAGAGGGAGCUGGUCGGUGUCUUUGGUAAAACUGGGACUGGAAAGAGCUCUUUGAUUAAUACCAUCAUUGGAGAGAAAGAUCUUUUGCCAACAGGAAGCAUCAGUGCAUGUACCACGGUCAUGAUUAAAGUCGAGGCCAACAUGCACAACUCAAAGUAUGAGGCAGAGAUUGAGUUCAUUACAAAAGAGGACUGGGACAAUGAAUUGUCGCCUUGGUGUAAACUUUUGCCCUUUAAGACAGAACAGAAAAAGAAAGAUGAUGAUGAUUAUUCAGACUUUGUUGAAAAGUUGACUGCACUAUUUGGAGAAGAAUGGAAACAUGGAAAGACCUAUGAAGAGCUCAAGGACCACAAACACAUCAGAAAAAUUCUCCAAUCUAAGAAAAAGACUUUGCCACAUGACACAGCUGAAGAGCUAUCUAAAAAGUUAGUGAAUUACACAAGAAGGAAGCAGGGAAACGUUGAAGAUGGUAAGAUGUGGUACUGGCCAUUAGUGAAGUGUGUGACUGUCAAGGUGCCAAAGAAGGGGUUUCUCCAACAUGUCACACUUGUGGACCUUCCUGGAAAUGGAGACUAUAACAAGAGCAGAGAUGACAUGUGGAAAGAGAUUGUUGGAAAGUGUUCCACUGUGUGGAUUGUGACUGACGGUAGUCGACCAGCAACAGAGAAAGAAACCUGGCAGGUCCUGGAACGUGCCAGUAGCAUCAUGGGAAAUGGAGGAGAGUGUCACCAGAUUCACUUUAUCUGGACCAAGUCUGAUCAGAUUGAUUAUUCUAACGACAAAUCACCAGCUGAUUGCAUAUUGAGAAACAAUAAAGAAGUCAAAGAAGAAGUAAAAAAUGAAUUCAACAACAAAAACAAGAUUAAAAAACACUUCAGAAACAGCUUUGAGGUGUUCACAGUGAGCUCCAAAGAGUUUCUAGAAAAAAGACAUCUAAAACCAGAUGACACUGAAAUACCAAAACUUCAGAAUAUUUUGCAAAAUCUCUAUGACUGCCACUCAGAGACUUUAAACUAUGUGUCUGGAGCUUAUGGGAUUCUGUCUUUGAUUCAAGGAGCCCGCUGUAGAGAAGGGUGGUCUCAGAAAAAGGAUGGCCGUGGUUUCCACAGGACACUGAAAUGUAUAGUUGAGAACAAUGGCAUCUACAAACCAAAAAAGAAAGGGAAAAAGAACAGGACACCAAUAAAUCUCAACAUGAAGUUGUCCUCACACCUGACUAACAGCAUUGAUGACAAAUUCCAGGAGACCUUUCCAAAUGACAGAAAAUGUGAACCAUUGAACGGACUCAUCAGUAGGUUCUCACUCAACACAAGUGAUCUGAUUCAGAAAUACAAAGAUGUGGAGCUGCAGCUGAUAUUUCUGCAGACAGAGGAAGAACUAAUGAAGACAAAAUUGAACAAAUACAUCCGGGAGAAAAAGAAAAACAUCUACAACUGUCUAACAGCCACUAUUGAGGAAGACAUGAAAAAAUGCUACAAACGAGCAGCUUCAUAUAGUGGAGAUGACACACUGAAAAACAUGAAAGAGGCUCUUCAGAGUCAUGUCCGGGAUUCAAAGAGCAGAAUGUUUGAUAAUGCUAAAACAAAUAUGUUGGAGGAGCUGGAUCAGCUGAAGGAGGACAUCCUGAAGACACUGAGGACAACCAUGAUGAAAGCUAUUGAGCUCUCACUCAAGACAGAUGACUUCUCAUUCCCAGAUGUUUCAACCGAGCUUGGAGAGGUGAAGAAAAUCUACAAUGACAUGAAGGCUCACCAGAAGAGAAGAGAUGUUUCAGAUUUGUUCUGUGUGGAGCAGAAACCUGGUCACCGUCUGAACAUCCAAAAGGAAAGAUGA